GUAGAAGAGCAGCGUUCGUUGAGGUGUCAGCGUCAUGCGCGCUACCAACCACUACAAAAUAACCCCAUUUCCCCGCUUCCUCCACAGCAUUUCCAUUGCACCUUUGCGCUCGCUCUUGUCAUUGGCAAUGCUGGACUCCGAUGUCACCAGCCCGGCGUCGCCGCGGGGAGGAGGAGAGAGGCGAGUCAGGGGCGGGAACAGUGACGGUGGCGCUGGUGGCGGGCGGCAUCCGACCUACCACGGCGUGCGCAUGCGGGCGUGGGGAAAGUGGGUGUCCGAGAUACGUGAGCCGCGCAAGAAGUCGCGCAUCUGGCUUGGCACCUUCCCAACGCCCGAGAUGGCGGCGCGCGCCCACGACGCCGCCGCGCUCGUCGUCAAGGGCCCCGCGGCCGUGCUCAACUUCCCCGAGAUGGCCGCGGCCCUGCCGCGCCCGGCCUCCGCCGCUCCACGCGACGUGCAAGCCGCGGCCUCGCGCGCCGCGGCAAUGGACUACCCCGUGGGCGCGACCGCGGCGCCAGUGCCGGCUUCGCCAUCGAUGGCGCCAGAUCCGCGCCAGCACGGCCAGAUGUUCGAUCACGACGAGGAGCUCGAGGAGAUCGUGCAGCUGCCGUCGAUCGACGAGGACGUCGCGGCAGAUCACAUGUUCGGGACGACGUCGUUCCACAACUGUGCCUUCGAGCCGUGGUACGAGCAGGCGUGGAUGCACGCCGGCAUUGCGGCGCACGUAGAAGAGAUGGUCGUACCCGGGUUAGACAUGGAACAGCUCUGGACGCAGCAGGACGGUUCCGUGCGCUCUUGUGGGAUCUGUAAUGACCAAUCAAUCUCUCCCCCUCUCUGAUCGGUGAUCACUGUCUCUUUCUUGACUGCUGCUUGUUAAUAGCCAAGCAGCUAGCCAGUAUUACUUCGACGUCUCAACCGUUCCUACCAUCUUGUCUAAUCUCCUUUUUUGGCGAGCCUGGCACUCUAACUUCUGAA